AUGACGUUAGAAAACACGAAGAUCUACUCCGUUGGAUUAAUUUGCAACAGCUCAACAGGGGCAAAUCUGACGAUGACAAACACCUGUCAUGGUCCUAACUGUCCAGACAAUAAAGUGGUUGUGGGAAAUAAUUCAACCUUUGACCCUUUCAACCCAAACGUCUAUAAAUCUUGUCGCGAUGUCAUCAGUGAUGAACCAAGAAAGGUCGUUACCCUUACAUCCGGGCUAGUCGUCAUGUGUGACACAGUGACAGACGGUGGAGGAUGGACCAUCUUCCAAAGACGUGUGUCUGGGACCGUAGAUUUCUACCGCGGCUGGGAGGAGUACAAACACGGGUUUGGGGAUUACGGCAUUGGGGAAUUUUACCUGGGCAAUGAAAACAUUUUCUGUCUGACUUCUAAAGUUGCCCACGAACUUCGAGUUGAUCUAGUCUACAACGGCACCUACUACGCCAAAUACUCCACUUUUAAACUGUCCAACGAGUCUUUAGGCUACAAGCUUUCUAUUUCUGGUUACACUGGCAACGCUGGAGAUUCUUUGUCAGUUCACAAUAAUCAUAUGUUUUCUACAUUUGAUAGAGAUAACGACGAAAAAGACUUUAGUUGCGCGGUACAGUACAUUGGUGCAUGGUGGUAUGCUGCUUGUCACAGCUCAAACCUGAAUGGUAGAUGGGGAAACUUCAGCUAUGGUCAAGGAUUGAACUGGCAUUCACUAACAGGCUACAACAUCAGUGUGCAGGCCUCUGAAAUUAAAUUAAGACCAAUACAGAUUUUAAGUUGA